UAUGAAGUUUUUUUGCUGUCAAUUUUUACCGCAUAACCGCAUUUAUUUCAAUAUUCAUGCGAAAAAAUGCAAUUUAAACUUUAAACCCUUUCUAUUUAAUUAAAAACAGUGUUAGUGCUUGACUAAAACUCACCAUAACCCAUAAAAAUGAGCAGUUUUAACUAUACCGGCUUCCAAAUGGGCAAAACCAAAGGAAGUCAUAACGCGGUUCCUCCUCCGCCGUCUUCUGGAGUAAGCAAACAAGGUUAUUCCACGAUGAAUGCAAUCAGCCAAAACGCAAUGUCCGCCGCUUGGGGUGGCAGCAGAAAACGGGCGGUCACAGAAGACGAAUAUUUUGAAGAGGAUGAGGAAGAUGCUACUCCCGCUCUCGCUUAUAUCCCUGCACCUGGAAGUCCUACGGCUGUCCAACAAGAACAAAAAGAUGAGGUUGAAGAGGAGGACGAUGAAGAAGAUGACCCCCUCGAUGCUUAUAUGGCCGGAAUACAACAGCAGAUGCAAGUUGAGAAACAUUCGAAUCGGCCUCAAAAAACAGGGGUAAGAAACGAUUUAGAAGAAGAAGACGAUGAAGAAUCUUAUUAUCGUUACAUGGAAGAAAAUCCAAACGCCGGUUUACUCCCGGUUGAUGACGACAAUUUAGAUAUAGAAUACGAUGAAGACGGGAACCCAAUUCCCCCUGAAAAAAAGAAAAUAAUCGAUCCACUCCCCCCAAUCGAUCACUCAACAAUAAAUUACCCCCCAUUUGAAAAAGAUUUUUACAAACUCCACCCCGAAAUAGAAAAUCUAACAUCAUCGAAAGUCAACGAAUUACGUAAAACUUUAGGGUUAACAGUUUCCGGAAAUUCAACUCCGAGCCCUGUAGCAGCUUUCGCCCAUUUUAAUUUAGACGAGAAACUUUUAAAAGCAAUUAUAAGAGCUGAGUAUAUAACCCCAACCCCGAUUCAAAGCCAAGCUGUUCCUUGUGCUUUACUCGGGCGAGAUUUGUUAGGUAUCGCUCAAACUGGUUCAGGUAAAACGGCCGCUUUUUUAUGGCCAUUAUUAAUGCAUGUAGCCGCCCAACCUCCCGUAGAAGCCGGAGAAGGCCCCAUCGGACUUAUUUUAGCUCCAACUCGUGAAUUAGCUCUGCAAAUUUACAACGAAGCGAGAAGAUUUGCUCGCGUUUAUGAUGUAAGGGUUUUAUGCGCUUAUGGAGGUGGUUCAAAAUGGGAACAAAGUCAAGCGUUAAAAGAAGGGGCUGAAAUUAUUGUUGCAACUCCUGGAAGAAUAAUCGAUCAUAUUAAAGGGGGAGCUACUAAUUUGCAAAGGGUGACGUUUUUGGUUUUGGACGAAGCCGAUAGGAUGUUUGAAUUAGGUUUUGAACCGCAAGUCCGGUCAGUUUGUAAUCAUGUUCGACCUGAUCGACAAACGUUGUUAUUUAGCGCAACGUUUCGAAAAAGAAUCGAGAAAUUAGCUAAAGAUGCUUUAAAUGAUCCCAUUAAAAUUUCGCAAGGAGUUUUAGGCCAAGCAAAUGAAGAUGUAACUCAGCACGUUUUACUCCUUCCAAAUCAACUUGCUAAACGAGAAUGGUUAUUUGAUAAAUUAGUUGAAUUAUUGUCAGCUGGUUCUGUUUUAGUUUUCGUAACGAAAAAAUUAGAUGCGGAACAAGUCGCAAAAGAUUUACAAGUAAAAGAAUUUGAAUGUUUGCUCUUACACGGCGACAUGGAACAAGCCGACAGAAACAAAGUGAUUAUGAGUUUUAAAAAGAAGGAUUGUUCGUUGUUGGUUGCGACGGAUGUUGCAGCAAGAGGGUUGGAUAUCCCCCAUGUUCGAACUGUUAUCAAUUUUGAUAUUGCGAGAGAUAUUGAUACCCAUACACAUCGUAUUGGGAGAACCGGUCGAGCUGGAACACAUGGUGAUGCUUACACUUUACUUACCGAUAAAGAUAAAGAAUUCGCUGGGCAUAUUGUGAGAAAUUUGGAAGCGGCACAUCAAGAAGUUCCGCAAGAAGUUUUAGAUUUAGCAUUACAAAGUAGUUGGUUUAGAAAAGCAAGGUUUAAGAGAAAAGAUCAAAAUCCAAAUAUAGGUGGACUUGGUUUAGGUUUUAAAGAGAAAGUAAAUCGUCCGCAGGCGCAAAAUGCUUCGACGUCUUCUUCAUCGGGGGGUCAACAACAACAAGCGUCAAGGGGGCCGGCUACUGAUCGGUUGUCGGCGAUGAAAGCUGCUUUUAGAGCACAAUACCAAACACAGUUCACAGCUAGUUCGGAUGUUCCACAAUCGCAAACUCCAACACAACCAACAAGAAAGAAAAGUCGGUGGCAGUAAUAAUGGAUAAUUUCUAAAUAAAGUUUAAAAAAUGAAAAAGUAAAUAUAGGUAACAAAUUAUGUUGAAGUAAUCUUCCCUAAUAUUUUACUAUAAUAUGUAAUUAUCUUACAAAUAAAGUGUUUAUAGAUUA